UACAGCAUCAGGCAACUCGCAAUACACGUGCAAUGUUGCUAUUCCUCUGUACCGCGUGGAAAUGGCAACCUGUAUCCGAUAAAAAAAACUGAAAAACAAAAUGGCGUUCUAGGUCAGUAAACGCGGAAAACGAAAUUUGUUCUCGUUCCAUUUUAUUGAAAUAAUUAACAAAGUUUAUAAAAAAUGGCUAAACAACGUGCAGGAACCCUGGAAGAUCUCUCCAAUGUGGAAUUUGAGACGAGCGAGGGGGUCGACGUUAUUGAUAAGUUUAAGAAUAUGGGUCUACGAGAAGAGUUAAUGCGCGGUAUUUUUGCAUAUGGUUUUGAAAAACCGUCUGCAAUUCAACAACGUGCGAUUAAACCGAUAAUGAAAGGUCGAGAUGUAAUUGCUCAAGCACAGUCCGGUACAGGCAAAACGGCUACAUUUGCAAUUUCAAUCUUGCAAUCCCUCGAUUUAACCAUGCGUGAAACGCAAGUGCUUUGUUUAUCACCGACACGCGAAUUGGCCGUGCAGAUUCAAAAGGUAAUAUUGGCCUUGGGUGAUUUUAUGAAUGUACAAUGUCACGCCUGUAUCGGUGGUACAAAUCUGGGUGAGGAUAUUAGAAAACUUGAUUAUGGUCAGCAUGUCGUGAGCGGUACGCCGGGACGUGUGUAUGAUAUGAUCCGUAGACGGGCUUUACGUACACGGGCUGUUAAAAUGUUGGUACUGGAUGAAGCUGAUGAAAUGUUGAACAAGGGCUUUAAGGAACAAAUUUAUGAUGUUUAUCGCUUUUUGCCUCCAUCCACUCAGGUUGUAUUAAUUUCGGCCACUCUUCCACAUGAAAUUCUAGAAAUUACCUCCAAAUUUAUGACGGACCCAAUUCGCAUAUUGGUCAAACGUGAUGAGUUGACACUGGAAGGUAUAAAACAGUUCUUUGUCGCUGUGGAACGAGAAGAGUGGAAAUUUGACACCCUCUGUGACUUGUAUGAUACACUCACAAUUACGCAGGCCGUUAUCUUCUGCAACACUAAGCGUAAGGUCGAUUGGUUAACCGAAAAAAUGCGCGAAGCGAACUUUACCGUAAGCUCAAUGCAUGGUGACAUGCCACAAAAAGAACGUGACGCCAUUAUGAAAGAGUUUCGUUCUGGACAAAGUCGGGUCUUGAUAACAACUGAUGUUUGGGCUCGAGGUAUUGACGUACAACAAGUGAGCUUAGUUAUUAACUACGAUUUGCCUAACAAUCGUGAACUGUACAUUCAUCGUAUUGGACGUUCGGGGCGAUUUGGUCGAAAGGGUGUGGCCAUUAAUUUCGUUAAAUCUGACGAUAUAAGGAUUUUGAGAGAUAUUGAGCAAUAUUACUCGACACAAAUUGAUGAAAUGCCUAUGAAUGUGGCAGAUCUCAUAUAAUUUUUUGGUAAAGAUAAUUUAUUUUAUUUUCUGUAUUGUUUUUUUUUUAUAAUGUAAUUAGGGUGCACAGUUAUUUUUCUUGUAUUCAUCAAAAUAAAUAGGAUUGUGUAUUUU